AUUACUGUAACUGUCGUCUGCCUCUGACGAAAUUUCUGGUUGAGGUGUUACUUUUUCACGAAGUACACUUGACUCAGGUGAAUCCUUUUGGCCUUGCCAAGAUUAGCCAUUUCGAGUUGGCUUGUCGUAGCUUAGAAUCCGAGCCGGAUUUGGAUGUGUUCCGGGCCUUCUAUAAGCUGAAUCGAUCCGGAAACUGGUAUACCUUUGAGGUUAGGGAUAAGAAUUCGUGCUGUUAUACAUGGAUCACUACGAGCUUAAAGGACUGGAAAGACCGCUUCUUCCUAGUUGACGAUCGGUGCGUUCCAGAGUUCAUGGUGUGGAGGAUAAAAAAGUCGAAGCUGCCGCCUCCUCUUCCGGAGGAUUUCUCGUACAACAAGAAACUGUACGCCGAUUUGGUAAAAGAGGCCGGACGCAUACAGAAAUAUCCGGAACACAUCCUCGUCAUGGGUCGGAUUAGCACGAUGUGGUCCGAACCGGAGUGGUAUCCUACCCUUCGGUGGAACAAAGAGGGUUAGUUGUGCGGCGCUCCUUGUACCUUUAUAUGUUGCUUAUUUGUCCUGAAAACUUUUUUUGUAUAUGUUAGUAGAUAUUGCUUAUUGUUUGUCUUCUUGUGCAGUUAUGGGUUUGAAGGAGGCGCUUAGAUUGAAGUCUUUUUAUUCGAAAGAGUUGGAUGUUCGUGCUACCAAGACUCCGAAGGGUGAGACCCCGUACUUACAACUUGUGCAACAGAAUCUUUAUCCGAUUCGCACACCGGAGGCUCCUGGUGAUCAAGGUGGUUCGGGUUCGGUCCCUACCUUAUUGCCUGUUGCUCAAACUCAGGCAACGGUUGCGGCGGAUGAUGCUGGAGGUCGGGGAGCCAGUUCGUCGAUGACGAAAGGUUCUGGCUCUAAAAUUAUUAUCGAAGAUGAGGGGGUCCAUCUUUCCGUUGAAGACACCGAGGUUCGUGCUAGUGGUGAGAAAGGAGGGGACGAUCAGAACGAGGGUGGAGACAUCGGAGGGGAUGGUGAAGACGGGGAUGAACUGCCUCAGAUUGCUUUGAAAAGAAAACGGGCUGCUCCCACCAAAUCUGACCCGAAGGCCAGGCAACCGAAAAGGACGAAGGCCGACCUUAAAGUAGUUACACUUGACGAUGACGAUCAUGUUACUGCGUUUUCUACUGCUGGAGGUGUGUUAGAGAAUUUGGAUGCUCAUCUCCACGAGGGCCGCACUCCACGGGAUCAUCUUCAAACUCCUUUGAGCCCGUUGUCCUUCGGUGAGGGUGGUGCUAGGGUUGUUACGGAUUUACGCAUCUCCGAUCCAAAGAAAGCCGUGCCUUCUCCUUCGGGUAAGUUUACUACGGGAGUUGCAUCCUACGUAUCUAGGCCGAGUUCUUCGCCGUUUGAUGGUGGGGACAGUGUUUCUUCCUCCCCUCUCUGGUAUGACACUGAGGCUGUGUUCUUGUCUCGAGAAUUAGGUUCUGGUGGUUUUGAGGGCGCGGAUGCGGCUAAUGCUUUGGAGAAGUACAUACCGGAGUGGUCGCUGGUAAAUAAGGAUAGGAUUGUGGAUGCCCUUUCGGCCAAGAUGUCUUUGUUCCACCUGGGAACUCCUGCGGAGCAUUCUUAUUACCGCAAGAUGAGUGGGCCGGAACUUGGAAAUACAUUGAUGCUGAAUCAGGCUCAGUCAAAUUCCCUAGUGGUGGAGACGUACAAGCGUUGGGUUGAGUCGGAGUCGCUGUGUCACAAGCUCAAACGUGAGAUUGCCAGUUUGAAAGGUGAGGGCGAUGUUCGGUCCAAAACAAAACAGGAGCUGGUGUCCCUGCGAUCUCAAAUCGACCGACUGAAAAGGCAGGUUUCGGAAGCUAAAGAAGUUACUAAGUCUUCUCAAGCUUCGGCCGCGGCGGCCUAUGAAGCUCGUGACAAGGCUCUUCAGGAUUUAGAGGCCUUUAAGUUGGAGUUUGCUGAUUUGGAGAAGAAGUUGACCAGCGUAGAGAUGAAGCAUGCCGCCGAACUGAAGGAGAUGCGGGCAUCACAUGAUCAACUUUUGUCUGAUUACCAUCGCUUGGUCGACGCUAAAGACGAAGUUGAAAGAGCUCGCGACAGGGAGAUCGAGUCACACAAGACAACGAUUGAUGAAGCAAGAGGGAUGUUGGUCCGGUGCGAGCGUGAUAUGAUUGAAGCAUACGCGGAACUGUCGGAGCUGAAACUUACCAAACAAUGGUUUUUGACAGAUGGGGUCGCAUGGGUUGUUAAGCUGGUGCAUCAGAGCCCCGAAUUGGAGAAGGUGGUUGCUGAUUUGGUCAACAGUGUUAACGCGGUUGGGGCGAACGAAGGGAUAAAGCAAGGUUUCAAAGCCGCGCAGGAACUGAUUGGUUCGGCGGAGGAGGUCCCGGGCUACGAUGCCGGAGCUCAGAGUGCCCUGGAGGCUGCGGUGAAAGCUUUUGACGAACUCAAAAUUUCUGUUCUCGACAAAGUAGCCGAUUUGAUAGAGGAGCCUUUAUCGGUUAUUCGGCAGAGAAGCGAUCUUCCCAUCGUUGGGGAUGAUGACAAUAUAGCUCAAGUUUGAUGUUGUUUUUCUUUUUUUUUUUUUUGUAACCGUACAAUGUGUCUCAUCAGUUUGCUUUUUUGUAACCGUACAAUGUGUUUCAUUAAUUUGCUUUGCCCGAAGUACAUUUGAUCGUUCAAUCAAAGAUGUAUAACUAUUUUUGUGUUAAA